UUUUUAUUUUGAAAUUUCCAAUCUGUCUAAUUUGUAAUUUUCCGUUUUCCUGUAAAAGAGGAGGCGGGGGGGCGGAUGUGUGUGGUCAAUCACCUUUCUUUCUCUUUCCCAAAUCCAAAUUAUAAAAAUUACGCGGUCUCUUACUCUUACCCUCUUCUUUUUUUUUUCUUCUCAUUUCCUGUUUCUCUGGGGAGUCUCUCAGAGACCAAAAUUAACGACGGACGCCCUUCAUUGAGAGAGAAAGAGACAAAACUGUGAAGCUAGUUUCUAGGGCUUUUAAUUUUUGUUUGGCUAGUUUCAGCCGUUUCCGUCGACGAGGAUUGAGAAAGGGAAGACGAGAACAAACAAAAAACAAAAAAACGAAAAAGAACAGAAAUAAUAGAAUGUCGGCAUUGGACUCUGUCGAUUGGCUUCUCUUCUCUCUCAGCAGAGCUUUCUGUAGUCCUCUCGCUGUUUUUAUUCAGAUCCAGGGAUGUGUAAUCUGCUUGACUCUUGCUAUUGGGUGGGCUUUUGCUGCUUCUGUCAGGAACAGAGAGAUCAAUCGAAUGAAGGAUAUCAUGAAAGGUGGCAAUAGCUUUGCAUUUCUAUGCCAUGAUAUUAAUGAACUUGAGCACUCUAAUCAGGUCAAUCUACCAAGAGUUACGGUUGUGAUGCCUUUAAAAGGUUUUGGAGAACAUAAUCUACACAAUUGGAAGAGUCAGAUCACAUCUCUCUAUGGUGGUCCUCUAGAGUUCCUUUUUGUGGUGGAAAGUACUGAAGACCCGGCUUACCAUGCUGUAUCUCGGUUAAUAACAGAUUUCAAGGUUGAUGUUGAGGCUAAAAUCAUUGUGGCUGGUUUAUCAACAACCUGUAGUCAGAAAAUACAUAACCAGCUGGUUGGGGUGGAGAAAAUGCAUAAAGAUGCCAAGUAUGUAUUAUUUUUGGAUGAUGAUGUCAGGCUGCACCCAGGGUCAAUUGGAGCCCUCACUGCUGAGAUGGAAAAGAAUCCAGAGAUAUUUAUUCAAACUGGAUAUCCUCUUGAUUUACCAUCUGGAAGUUUAGGGAGUUACUGCAUCUAUGAAUACCAUAUGCCUUGCUCAAUGGGAUUUGCUACUGGUGGUAAAACAUUUUUUCUUUGGGGAGGGUGCAUGAUGAUGCAUGCUGAUGAUUUUAGAUAUGACCGAUAUGGUGUGGUCUCCGGACUUCGAGAUGGUGGAUACUCCGAUGAUAUGACUCUAGCUGCUAUAGCUGGAGCCCACAAGAGGCUUAUUACAUCUCCUCCAGUUGCUGUUUUUCCUCAUCCUCUUGCAAGUGAUCUUAGUUUCUCAAGGUACUGGAACUAUUUGAGGAAGCAAACAUUUGUUUUGGAAUCAUACAUUAGCAAGGUUAAUUGGCUAAUGAAUAAAGCACUGUUUUCUUCUCAUUGCUAUCUGUCAUGGGGAUUUGUUGCGCCAUACUUGAUGGGUAUGGUUCAUGUUGCAGCAGCACUACAAAUCUGUAUCAAGGGUUAUUCAUACGAGGAAACAACUUGUACUACUGGUGGAUUGUUACUAGUGAGCUGCCUAGCUGUAUGUACCUUUAUGGAGCUACUUUCUAUGUGGAACUUAACGAGGAUUGAAGUUCAACUUUGUAACAUGUUGUCUCCUGAGGCACCUAAGCUGUCACUUGGUACUUACAACUGGAGCAUGGUCUUUGUUGCAAUGUUGGUUGAUAACUUUUUAUACCCCAUCUCUGCCUUCCGUUCUCAUUUCUCUCAAUCUAUCAAUUGGUCUGGUAUUCGAUAUCACUUGAAGAAUGGGAAGAUAAGCAAGAUUGAAAGGAAUAAGGAUAUGGGUCCAAAUUUCACAGACUUGGGAGGGAAGCAUUUAUAUGGGAAGAAAGGAGCUCCUCCCAAAGCCUCAUUCCUCAGUUCUUUGGGCAGAAGUUUGGCUCAGUGGCAUCAACCCAAAAAAUACGAUGUUUAGAGAUGAGAGACUCUUGUGACUAGUUUUCCCUCCCCUUUUCGAGAUCCGACAGGCACAAGGAUUCAGGAGCAACGAUCGAUGGUUGAUUGUUGGUGGAUUAUUUGGUGAUUCCUUAUUUGAUUGAUUUUAGUGGUUUAGGAAUUUUAGCCUCAUUUUUUAGUCCCCAUUCAAUCAAUUUAUUCUUAAAUUAUCAACCCUUGUUGGGGCUGGUUUUGUAAUUUGCAUUGAAUUCAUCCUGUAAUUUUUACAAGUCCUUAUAUACAGUUAAUGUUCAAAUGUGAGACAGUAGUGUCGUGAUUUACCCAACUCCUAUCCCUCUCUAGUGAGUGAACAUUCUGUUUAUAUUUAUAUAAUUUUUCAUUUCCCGUUU